AUGUCGCACUCGCGACAUCGGACGACAGAUCCGACCCGACCGGACCCGGUGGAAAUAGAGACGGUCCUCGCCGACGACAAACCGCGAAAAUGCCACCCGACGUCCCCGUCCGUCGCCCGACGACGAAUCGACGAAAGAUCGUCCGAUCGCUUCCGCGAUUCGUUUCUUCGGAUCCUCGACGUUCUCGGCACCCUGUCGUCGACGUCGCUCGACGGUCGAUCGAGACGGAGGCGACGGAACCGCGCGAAACCGGAACGCAGCGAGACCCCACCGUCUCUCCGUCUGCAAGCGCCAAGUGGGAGUCACCUCGCCGGCUCCCCUUCCCUCCUCCCCCCCGGGGAUGCAUUCAUGCACUAUCGCCACUUCUGUUGUUCGCCUUUUGCCUUCAAGUCACAAUCGGCGUCGGCAACAGCCGAUGGGUAUGAGAUCAUAAUCGGCCAUCGACUCAUCGUCCACAUGUGGCCAUCGGGAGACAGUGGUGGACCUCUUGUGCUGCGGUACGGUGGACGAGCCUUUCUGACUGGGAUCCUCUCGUAUGUCACACAGAACUAUUGCGGAUCGGAUGGAUAUGCCGUCUACAUCAGAGCCUCAGUGGGUGCCACUUGGGUCAAUUCCAUCGUCAAUGCCUGAGUUCGUGCAUUCCUCACCUGCAGAUUCCACACAAUCGCACGCGCACUCCCACACAUACCAUCGCGUGGAUUCGCACGCACUUGCACGUGCACAUACGAUUGCACUCACUCUCGCAUAUCCGAACGCAAAUGCACAACGCACCUCCAGACACAAAUGCAAAUACGCAUUCGCACUCUCGCACCGAUCCGCACCCCACAUCGAUACGCCUGCAACGGCGUAAAAAGCAUCGCGGUGACUUCUCUUCGACUCCUGCCAUCCACGUCGAUAUUCCAUCGUUUCCAACUUAAUUCCUAAGGGAAACAAGUUCAUCCCCUUUCGUUGUCAU